CCUGUCCCUGGCAGCCUCUCCUGGGAAUCCUGGCUCCGACUCUGAUACCAUCUGCCCGGUUAAUCCACUUUCCGGGCCAGUGUCUAGCGCCAGAGAGUGUCUGGGUCUCUGAGUAUCCUGGUGCCAUUUCAACCUCCUCCAGCUUCCUGGGGAUCAGUUUACAGCCUUUGUUAUCUUUUGGCUGAGCCACCCUAUCCUUUUCUUUCUCCUCUUCUUGGCAGUCAGAUCGCUCAAAUUUAACUUGGUUUAUUAUUUAGGGACUUCAUGGGGGAGGAGUUGAGACAAUCACUCUUGAGUACAGAGCACCAAGCUUCCAGGCCCAUGUGUGUGCGCGUGCGGGCACUCCAGGGCACACCUGAGCACAAGUAACACACACGUGAGUCUGUGAGGGCUACUACCUCGGAGAGAUGAGUCCACGAUGGAUGGAUCUCUUUUGCAGAAGCUGCAGGAACCAAGACAGGUGCCCAGCACCAGUGUCAGAGGCCUCAGGGGGCUGGAAAGCCAUCUCCCGGGCAGGCCUACAGCACCUGGUUCCCGCACAUGCCCUCAGCCUCCCCGUGGCAAACGGCCCGGCGAAGGAGCCCAGAGCGACUCUGGACUGGAGUGAGAAUGCCGUGAACGGAGAGCACCUGUGGCUGGAGACCAACGUCUCAGGAGACCUGUGUUACCUGGGAGAGGAGAACUGCCAAGUCAGAUUUGCAAAAUCGGCCCUGAGGAGGAAGUGUGCGGUCUGUAAGAUCGUCGUCCACACUGCCUGCAUUGAACAGCUAGAAAAGAUUAAUUUCAGAUGUAAACCGACAUUUCGAGAAGGGGGCUCAAGAUCACCGAGAGAAAACUUUGUGCGUCAUCACUGGGUACACCGGCGUCGGCAGGAGGGAAAAUGUAAGCAGUGUGGUAAGGGCUUCCAGCAAAAAUUCUCCUUCCACAGUAAAGAGAUUGUGGCCAUCAGCUGUUCCUGGUGCAAGCAGGCGUUUCACAAUAAGGUGACCUGCUUCAUGCUGCAUCACAUUGAGGAACCCUGCUCCCUGGGGGCUCAUGCUGCUGUCAUUGUCCCGCCCACCUGGAUCAUUAAGGUGAAGAAACCUCAGAACUCGCUAAAGGCUUCGAAUCGGAAGAAGAAGAGGACCAGCUUUAAAAGGAAAGCCAGUAAAAGAGGGACAGAACAGGAAAACAAAGGUCGUCCUUUUGUGAUAAAACCUAUCUCUUCUCCUCUCAUGAAACCAUUGCUUGUGUUUGUGAACCCCAAGAGCGGAGGCAAUCAGGGAACCAAAGUCCUGCAGAUGUUCAUGUGGUACCUGAAUCCACGGCAGGUGUUUGAUCUUUCUCAGGAGGGGCCCAAAGAUGCGCUUGAGUUGUAUAGGAAAGUACCAAAUCUGCGAAUUCUCGCCUGUGGUGGGGAUGGAACGGUGGGCUGGAUUCUUUCUAUUCUGGAUGAACUACAGCUGAGCCCUCAGCCUCCCGUCGGGGUCCUUCCUCUGGGAACUGGGAACGACCUGGCCCGAACUCUCAACUGGGGAGGGGGCUACACUGAUGAACCUGUCUCUAAGAUCCUUUGCCAAGUAGAAGAUGGGACAAUUGUACAGCUAGAUCGUUGGAACCUCCAUGUGGAAAGAAACCCAGAUUUGCCUCCAGAAGAACUUGAAGAUGGCGUCUGUAAGCUUCCUCUGAAUGUUUUCAAUAAUUACUUCAGCCUUGGAUUUGAUGCCCACGUCACACUGGAGUUCCAUGAAUCCAGAGAAGCAAAUCCAGAGAAAUUUAACAGUCGUUUUCGAAAUAAAAUGUUCUAUGCAGGGGCAGCUUUUUCUGAUUUCCUACAAAGAAGUUCUAGAGAUCUAUCCAAACAUGUUAAAGUUGUUUGUGAUGGAACAGAUCUCACUCCAAAGAUUCAGGAACUGAAGUUCCAGUGUAUAGUAUUUUUAAAUAUACCCAGAUACUGUGCCGGCACAAUGCCCUGGGGGAACCCAGGAGAUCACCAUGACUUUGAACCUCAGCGUCAUGACGAUGGUUAUAUUGAAGUCAUUGGAUUCACUAUGGCCUCUUUGGCUGCCCUGCAAGUUGGGGGCCAUGGGGAAAGGCUACACCAGUGUCGGGAGGUCAUGCUGCUCACUUACAAGUCCAUCCCCAUGCAAGUGGACGGGGAGCCCUGUAGGUUGGCCCCAGCUAUGAUUCGGAUCUCCUUGAGGAAUCAAGCCAACAUGGUACAGAAGAGCAAGAGGAGAACAUCCAUGCCUUUACUCAAUGAUCCCCAGUCUGUCCCAGACCGCCUGAGGAUCCGGGUGAACAAAAUCAGUUUACAAGACUAUGAAGGAUUCCACUAUGACAAAGAGAAACUUCGGGAAGCUUCUAUCCCUCUGGGUAUUCUAGUUGUGCGUGGAGACUGUGAUUUGGAGACUUGCCGUAUGUACAUAGACCGCCUACAGGAGGACCUGCAGUCAGUUUCUUCUGGCUCCCAGAGAGUUCAUUACCAGGAUCACGAGACCUCCUUCCCCAGGGCACUCUCAGCUCAGAGACUCUCUCCACGGUGGUGCUUUCUAGACGCAACUUCUGCUGAUCGCUUUUACCGAAUAGACAGAUCUCAGGAACAUUUGCACUUUGUGAUGGAGAUUUCCCAAGACGAGAUUUUUAUUCUGGACCCAGAUAUGGUGUUGUCACAGCAGGCGGGGACACCUCCAGGAAUGCCCGACCUGGUCGUGGAGCAGGCCUCGGGAAUGUCCGACUGGUGGAACCCCGCGCUACGGAAGCGCAUGCUGAGCGACAGCGGGCUGGGAACCGGAACUCCGGAGUAUGACGACUCAGAUUUGAGAGAUUUCAGCCACUCCCGCGUGUUACAGUCACCAGUCUCUUCAGAAGAUCACGCAAUUUUGCAGGCAGUAAUAGCUGGUGAUCUUAUGAAGCUAAUGGAAAGCUAUAAAAAUGGAGGCAGUCUGCUAAUUCAGGGCCCGGACCACUGCUCCCUCCUUCACCACGCAGCCAAAACCGGCCACGGGGAGAUCGUGAAAUAUAUCCUGGACCACGGACCUUCUGAGUUAUUGGAUAUGGCAGACAGCGAAACGGGUGAGACCGCACUGCACAAGGCUGCCUGCCAGCGGAACCGGGCUGUGUGCCAGCUUCUGGUGGACGCGGGAGCAUCUCUGAGAAAGACGGACUCCAAGGGUAAGACACCUCAAGACAGAGCCCAGCAGGCUGGAGACCCAGAUUUGGCUGCUUACCUAGAAAGCCGCCAGAACUAUAAGAUCAUUGGCCACGAGGACCUGGAAACUGCUGUUUGACCCUGGUAGAUCGCAAAGAGAACCUGAGCAAGUGUAUCACCUGUGCCCUCCCGGCAAUUGGGCAGCUCCCCUGGAAGAAGCUGUUGGAAUCCACAAAUAAGUCUUUCUCUGCAAGAAUCUAUCUGAGACCAUGCCACCAGAUGUUAAGGGCUACCAGACAUACAACAGAACAUGAUAGCCCGCUGAGGAAGAGGCAGGAUACCUGGAGAUUUGUGGAAUACACAUUCCACAAAAUUUGAUCCUUGUUGCUUCCAGCAAGUAGCAUGAACUGCUGUGUUCACCUGUAUAAUUUAUUUUCGAGAUUCACAGGAUGUUCAUACAAAUGGCACUGCUCCCUCCUCCCCCAUGCAUUCACGAGUCCUCCGCACCACACAGUUCUACUGCAACUACCCACCAUUCCAAAAAAAAAAAAAAAAAUACAAUCUGCAAAGUACGAUCUGCUGUCUUUACACUCAGUCUCUGCAGACCGCAAGGCACUCUGGAGGUCUCUGAAAGCCCUCUGGGUGUCCCGCGACGAUGCCGCUGUAAAGCUGCUCCCGUUUCCAAGACGAAAUAAACCAAGACGAUUAGUGACUC